AUGUUCUCCUACUAUUUGGUCUUGCUCGUCGUUUUCCUAGUGUCCUCUGUUAAAGCAGCUGCGACGCUCAAAACUAGUCCACGGCCAAACCAGUUCAAGAACCUAGUUACAUUCGGAGACUCAUAUACCGAUGUUGGAAGCCCUGCAGACAACGGUUCAGCAUGGCCAACAUAUGCAGCUGCCUACGGCCCUUUCAACCUCUUCCCAUUCGCAAAGUCCGGUGCAACGUGCUCGAAUAACCUUACAAACCGUCCUGCGCCGUCUGUCAUGGAAAGUCAACUUCCGACAUAUUUCACUGAAGUAGCAAAUGGGACAUUGAAGCUUAGCCCGGAGGAGACGAUUUAUACGUUGUGGAUUGGGACGAACGACGUUGGGCGAGCCGCUCUUUUGACUGGUGACCAAGAGCCAGGCGUAACACUUGUGGAUACAGUAAGCUGUGCGACCAGGUGGGUAAAGAUCCUGUAUGAGAGUGGUGCUCGAAACUUCCUAUUCCAAAAUAUGAUCCCUCUCGAGAAAACGGUCCUCUACUCCAAGGACUCAUAUAUAAACCACUACUGGACUUAUCAACGUAACACGACCGAAUGGAGCCUUUUCAUGACGGAACUCACAACGGCUGGUAAUGCUCUCGCGAAAUUAAUGCUCCAAGAUUAUGCUUCAUCACUUCAUGGGGCACACAUCGGCUUAUUCGAUUCACACGCCCUCUUCUCUGACAUGAUAUCAAACCCUUCCCAAUACUUGAACGGUACCGCACCGCCAAAUGUCACUAUCCCCAUUAAAUCCUGCGCCUUCCAACUAAAUGAAGACGUAAACGAUACCGGGAAUUGCACGAUUGUAAAUGGUACUGAUCGUGAUAGUUAUUUGUGGUAUGAUGAAUUGCACCCGUCGGAACAGGCGGACAGAGUUGUUGCUCGGGAGUUGACGAACGCAGUUCUUCGUAAAUCCAACGACUGGGUAACUUGGUUCAGCUAG